UGACAGCCCAGAGAGCCGACAGAAGCGGAUUGUGGUUAUUUAUUUCAUGCAUCAGUUUAUUGAAUUUUCCCAGGAAUUCCUUGAUAUUUUUCCAAACAUUGCAUAUUGAGGGAUAUUAAUAAUAUGACAGACAUUUUGAAAUCCUUCAGUACACUACAAUCUGAAUUGGAUGUGGCUAGAAGUACUUUGAAAGGUGUAGAUGAAAAUAUCAAACGCCUCAUUGGUAGGGAUCCAUCAGAUGUGGUUCCCAGGCCCCAGAAUAAAAGGAGUAACCCACAGAAUGAAGAACGUGGAAGACCCAGAAUAAUGGGCAAUCAGAAUGAGGAGCGAAGAUUCAAAAAUUCCAGGUUACGUAGUAUAGUCCAAGAAAAUGAAGAACCUCCAUUUAAAAAGAGAAAUACCAAUGUAUCUGUAUUCAAAAGGUUAUCUGAUCGACCAGUGCAAGAGAAUAAUCAAAUGAAUCACACUAAGGGAAUGAUAAGUAAAGUAAUUGUUACACCUAAGGAAUUUCCCAGUAGACAGGAACGAAUGGAGGCCCAAAGUAAAGAUGCAGGAUCAGUAGCUAGGAAUAGACGAAUGUUUGGAGCUUUGCUGGGUACUCUACAGAAAUUCCAGCAAGAGGAAACAAAACUAAAAACAAGGGAGGAGAAAAGGGCACAACUGGAAAAAAAGAUUGAAGAACAUGAAAUUAAGGAAAAGGAGGAAAUCAAAAAAGAAAGACAAGAAUUAUUUUUCAAUAGAAAAAAGAAACAAGCAGAAAUAAAAAUGAUAGAAUUGAAGAUGUUGAGAAUGAAAGAAUAUGCUGCUUGGGAAGAUUCCCAAAAGCACAGGAUGAAUUUUAUCUAUACAAAAACUAAACCUAGAAUUCAUUUUCUUCCUAGAAAACUUAAUGACGCUCAUAAAGCAGCUCUUGAGAAUUCGAAAGCAGAAAUUCAAAGUAUUAUGGAUAAAAAACGUGAGCAGGUACAAGAGGAAUUGCAAAAUAUCGAAGAAAGAGGCAAAAGAAUGUUUGAAUCAAGGAAAUUUCAACAGUUCAACAAAGAACAGGAAACUGAAGAACAUUCAAAUGAAAAUGAUAUGGACGAUGAUGCUUUGGAUCACUUGGAUGAUAUCCAAAAGGAGGAGGAGAAUGGUUUGAAACAGCUAAAAGAAGAAUCUACCGAAGAUACUAAAUUCAGUGAUAAAGACAGCGAAGAGAAAGAAAAUCACGAGAAAACUGAAAACAACGAAGACUUUACCAAUGACCUGAAUGGUUCAAAUGAGAUAGCUGAAGCAAAUGAGACUCAUGGCACAGAAAAUACAGUUUUUGAAAAUAUAGGUGGUGAAGAAAGUGAACAAAUGGACUGUGACUCUAACUUGAUUAGUGAUUGUGAAGGUAAUGACAUUAAGGAGGAGGUGCAAAUGAAUGAAACAGAUUGUAAUAAAGAACAAACAGACAUUCAACAUACAGAACAGGUGUUAGAAGAGUGAAAUGGAAAUAAGUGUGAAUUUCUAUAACAAGUUGUAAAAAUUUUUACUAUUGUGGACUCAAAGUGAACAGAAAUCAUUCUCAUAAUUUAAGUAAAAAUAUCUUAGGUUUAUAAUUCCCAGAUUAAAACUGCCAUAUGUGUAUAUGGUGGAAAAAAGGCAAUUAUUUCAAUACAUAGUUCACUUUUAGGAUUCAUGAAAUCAAGCUGAAUGGUAUUAUUCCAUUAUUGAAUAGUGAACAGGACUCUAGUGUUUUUAUUAUAAAAAUCUGUAGUGAGCAGAAUGUAAAUCCCCAGAUUUCUUUUUUAUAUUUUGUCUCCUUUUAUUUUAAUUUUUGAAUUCAGUAUGUUAUGUUAUGACAGAGGUUUACAUGUCUUUCAAUAAAUUUAUAUUUGUGUUUGUUCAUAUAGAGGGUGUUCUAGAAAACUGAAUGGAAUUUUUCUCAGGAGAUUUGUCGAUCAUAUUGACUGCCUAGAAUCUAUUCAACUGAAAUAUUCUUGUCUUGAUGGUACUCACAGUCUUACCAGAAGUUGAGCCUCACUUUGUUUUUCGCAUGGGACACUAUGUUUCAUUGUAUUUUCAGAUUCUCCAGAAAAUUUUAACUACGGUUCAUUCGAAAUUUUUUAUUCCCAAACUUCAAGGUUCUCGAGAUAUCAAUUGAUUUGUUUCAAAUUUUACGUGAAGAUAUUGAAUGAGUUAUUAUAACUGCUCCAGAUUCAGGGUGUGAAACAUUGUGAGAUAGGGGUUUUUUUUGUCCCAGCCAAUGGUCUAUGAGAAUAGGGGGUGUUGUGUUUGAAAAAGCAACUUUUUCAUGUUUGACCAUCACCCUUAAUUAGAGUCAGUUUCGAACAUCUCCAACAAACCUUCUGAUCAACUAAGACAAAAAGUUGAAUCUAGAGAGGUUUGUGUGGUUUUGGAAAGGUUUACGUAAACCUCAUAUAAAUUAUUGUGGAGAAUUCAGAAAUGUAAUAAAAUAUAGGAUGUCCCAUAUGAAAUAACGAAAUUUGGCUCAACUAUAACAGACCAGGACAUUUCAGUUGAGUAGAUCCUGUCUAUUCAUUAGGAUCCAACAAUGGAAAAAAUCUUAUUCCGUUCUCUAGAUACUUGUACUGGAUUCUUAGCUUGAAACAGCCUGUAUAUUUGUCUGGGAAGUAAAAACAUCAGAUUUAUCGGAAUAAACUAUGUUCCAAAUUAAUCUAAUCCAAAGCAAACUUCGCAAUCUUCUUAUUGUGGCAGGAAAUACAUUGUGAAUUGAGAAUUGUAAAUACGAAUAAAUCAGUUUAAUAACUUA